AAGUUUUUGUUUAAAAAAAGCAUCUUCAAAAUGUUCCGUCAACGUUUAUCACUUUUAGCGUUGUCAGUACUUCUAGUCUCUGUCACUGCAUUGCCGCAGCGACAACAAUCACAACAGACUGUAGAUCCAUCAAUUGUCACUCUAGUCGACAAUGUGUUUGGUCAAAAUACUGGUCAACAACAGCCUACUAGUGGAUUUGGAGUGGUAGUGACACCUGUUCCCAUAGAUCCUUCAGCACCUUCGGAUGAAUUUACCUCCAUCAGUGGCCGUGCACAAUGUAAUUGUGUGCCCUAUCAUCAGUGUGAUCCAAAUACUCAAACUACCACUCCGGUGGAUGAUGGAGCUUUUGAUGGUUUUGGAUUGAUUGAUAUUCGUUUCAAUAGAGAUUCAGAUGAUAAUGCUCCAUCUUGCGAACAUUUCUUGGAUGUGUGCUGUGAUGGUGGCCAUACACGUAAUGUCAGCUUAACACCCACCCCACAAGAGGAAAGACCAAAUCGUCCUAAAGGCUGUGGUGUCCGUAAUGUGGGUGGUAUUGACUUUAAUAUAACUGGGGCAAAUGAUAAUGAAGCUGGUUUUGGUGAAUUCCCUUGGACCGUGGCUUUGUUGCACUCCACAAAUGCCAGUUACUUCUGCGCUGGUUCCUUGAUUCAUCCCAGAGUCGUUUUAACUGCUGUUCAUUGUGUGUUGGAUCGUCCCUUGAAUAGUUUUGUUAUACGUGCCGGUGAAUGGGAUACACAAACUAUUAAGGAACGUCUGCCUUUUGAGGAAAGAGGUGUAGCAAGGGUAGUGACACAUCCUCAAUACAAUUACCGUAAUGUGGCCAAUGACUUUGCUUUGGUUAUAUUGAAUACACCUUUUACUUUGGGCGAUCACAUCAAUGUGGUGUGUUUGCCACCAGCGAAUAGUUCGCCUACUCCCCGUACCACUUGCUACUCUACUGGCUGGGGCAAAGAUAUAUUUGGUGCUGCCGGUCGUUAUAGUGCCAUCAUGAAACGUGUUCCAUUGCCAAUUGUCGAUUACACUACAUGUCAAAACCAAUUGCGUAGUACUCGUUUGGGACCAAGAUUUGCCUUGGAUCGUUCUUUCAUCUGUGCUGGUGGUCAACGUGGUAUUGAUACUUGUCAGGGUGAUGGUGGUGCUCCUUUAGUAUGUCCUAUUGGCUUGGAAUCAAGUCAACGCUAUCAACAGAAUGGUAUUGUAGCUUGGGGUAUUGGCUGUAAUGAAGAAAUACCGGCUGCCUAUGCCCAUGUCGGUUUGGCCCGCGACUGGAUAGAUAACCAGAUGUAUGCUAAUGGUUUCGAUACUACAUCGUAUUCUGCAAACUAAACGAGAGAGAUUGUCUUUAAAUGCUAAAAAGUUAAAAGUAAUAAAUAAUUCAUAAUAAAUAAAUAUUAAAUUAUAACGUA